AUGUCCAGUGUUUUCUGCUUGUAUUUCGAGUGGCUCAGGGACACUGCAAUUGGUAAGAUUUUCAUUGUCCUGCAGCACAACUUGAAUGCUAGCAGUACUGGCCAGCACAUUUCGGAGCUUCUUCAGCGCGAGGGUUCUCAUGAGGGUGCGCUUGAAAUCAUUGAUUCAGUGGUAGGUGUGAAAUCGCCUGCAACAUUGGUCAAACGGGCUAACUCGAUGUUAGCAUUCCUCAGGUGGUGUGACUUGGCUGGUAGAUGUGAGUCGAACUGCUUUCAAGAACAUGUUUUGUGGGAUUAUUUUAGAUAUCUAAAAGAUUCUGGCGCUGCAGCUUCCAAAGCUGAUUCCAUGAUGUCCGCUGUGAGAUUUGCCGUUUUUGUUUUGGGUUUUGAGUGCUUGAAACCUGCCGCCAACAGCCGGAGACUCAUAGGGGCAAGUGAGCUGAUGCUGACUGGAAAGAGGUUGUUGCGCCAGGCCUUGGUCCUCACCUCAGCUCAGAUCAUCCGAUUGCACAACAUUUUGGUUGACAAUGACAGACAUUUGAUGGAUCGCGUUUUGGUGGCCCACUUGCUCUUUGCUCUGUAUGGACGUUGCCGCAACAGUGAUUUGCUAGCGGUGCGCACCAUUGAGUGUGACUUUGACUCAAAGGGUGGCUUUGUGAUCCUUACAACAUGCAAUCACAAGUCAGGUCGGUUGGCCUCCCUAAAGACAAGGUUACUGCCCAUCAUCAUUCCGGCGCGUGGAGUGGAUGGGAGCAUCUGGCCUGGCAAAGCAUUGGAAGUCCUUGAACUUGCUGGGUGCUCAAUUCAAAACCCAAUAGAUGGGCCACUGGUUCAUGCUCCAGCCGGCGGUGUGGGAGUCUUCAUGAAUAGAGGCUUGAGGUCCACGGAGGUGUCAAAAGCCUUACGAAGUUUCCUGGGCAUUGACGAGCCUGCACCAGGAUUUGAUGGUGAGAUUGUUUCCAGCCACAGCCUCAAGGCGACGCUGCUGGCUUGGUCAGCAAGGUAUGGGCUCUCACCUCAGACCCGUUCCUUGCUUGGAAGGCACACAUCAUGUUUGAAUGAAACCUUCUCUAUUUACUCGCGUGACUUGGCUUGCGCUCCUGUUGCAGAGCUGCAAAAAGUGAUCGAUUGUGUGGCUGAUGGAACUUUUUCACCUGAUGCAGAGAGAUCCAGGUUCUUCAGGGAACCCAGUGACAUUUCACAUGAGGAGCCGCACCAGUGUGUCAAGCAAGAGGCCGCUGUUGAGGACGGCUUCAUCGUCAUCCCUGAUUCCCCUGAGGUUUUUACUGAUGAUACCAUCGGAAAUACAUGCGAGAACACUGGGAUUCAGGAACACAUGGAUGACAGUUGUGCUGGGGAGACUUUGGUCUUGGAUUCGGACUCAUCCAGUUCGAGUAGUGCAGAGUCCUCAGAUGAUCCUGAGACAGUCAAGCUUCCUCAAAGCCUGCAAGAUGCCCUUAAGGAUGCUGGCGUAUGCACCAUUUCAGCCCUUGCAUAUGCCCAUGGACAACCAGGACAACCAAUCAAUCCCGAUGAAUUCCAAAACUGGGUGAGGCAGCUGGAUCCCUCUGCCACAAUUGGAGGGGUGGCAGCAUUGAAACGUUUGUUGUUUGAAAGUCAAACACAACUUCUUGCUAUUUUGAAGGAGCAGGUCAUGAACCCAGAGCCUAGCAUAGCCCCAAAAGUUGCUCCUGCCGAAAGGGAAUCCAGGCUCACCAAUUUGAAAAACAGACUUGUUGGCGUGCUGAUCGAAGGCCACUCCGAGCCCAGCCAUGCACUGUUGGAUUUAGCUACGCAGCUUUAUGAUCAAAAUGUCCUGCGCUUCAUCCCUCUUGAAAAAUGCUACAGCCGAUUGACUGAAUUGGCUCACAACAACAAGCCACAGUUGAAACUCCUGGAGGUUGAAGCGUCAAAAGUGGUGCUUCGGGACAAAGACAACGAAUUUGAGACUGGUAUUCAGUCUUCAUACCAAGCGCUUGAGGCUUUCAAACGACGGGGCUUGGCCCUGGACUUUGCCAACGUUAUGUCUUUCACCUGUCAUGACAAGUAUGUGCAAUUGUUGUUUGCCCACUUGAACAGAGACCCGCCAUCGGGUUACAGCCGAUGUAGUGUUUCACAGUUGCUGGCUGCUGAUAGAGCAUCCUGGAGUCAUCUUAUUGAGAAGAACGUUAAACCACGCCCUGAUGCUGCUGGAGUCCUCCAACUGGAGACCCGUCCCUUUGUGCACAACGAACCCCUAAGGGGUCUUGCCAGUGGAAUUCCAACGCCCAUAGCUGAGCCUGAGCAGCAGCCGCCGAAGAGUGAGCCGCCUCAAACCAACACUGGCAAAGGAACGCUGGUCGGGUCCUUGUGGCAGAUCUCACAUCAGAUGAAGGCCAGCAACUUUGCUGGUCAUGGAUACGCUCGCCAAGCUGCAUGGGAGUCUUUUGUGCACCUCCUUGUGAUGGACUGCCUGUUCAAUAUGGGCAACAACUCCAACACGCCCUUCAGCAUGUGUAAGCCCAGUUCAGAGCAUACCCAUGCCCUGCAGGAUCAGCCAGUUGCUUACUUUGGUGUUUACCGCACGGGACUGCAGUUUGUAGAUGCUGCAGUGAAAGCAGGGCACCCGGUUGGGAGAUCUGCAAAAUUGCCAGGGCCGCUGCACGAAGCCGUCCAGUGUGUAGCAACCGUGCCCAUCGGGGAGCUGGCAAAACGUCGCCAUGCCGUGUUGGCCUAUUGGUUGGAAAGAGCAAGAUCUCGUGUGGGGAUGAAUCCGCCCUUCACGCAAGUCUGCCCGAGUCAUUGCAACAAAUCCUUGCGCCAAAAAGAUUACUCCUUUGGAAAGAGAUGCUACAGUUCUACGGGUAUCCGGACUGUGAGGUGUUUGGAGAAGUCGUUGAAGGCAUCGACCUUGCUGGUCCGGUUAUCGUCUGGGGAUGCGGAGAUCGACUCAACAGUUUUUGCCAAGACCCUUGAGGAGCUUGAUUGCGGAUGGCUUGAGGGCCCCUUCGAGCCAGCAGACCUUCCUGCAUGUGCAGUUGUGAGUAGGCGUUUUGGCAUCAAGCAGUCGUCGGGUGAGUCUUUGAAAGUCAGACUCAUCGAUGACUUCUCAGACCUACCAUUUGAUGUCCGGUUCAAAGCCUUGGGGAUCGAGAUCAAUUGCGAGCGCUGGUUGGCUGGUGUUGUCUCCUUUGCGAACACUGAGAAGCGUACGCGUGAGCUCCUGGACACCAUAAAUCAAAUUUUGCUUGCUGGCCGUUUGAAAAAACCCGACGCCCUUGUGCUGAGGGGACGCAUGCAAUUCGCAAAGGCACAGAUGUGGGGUCGCGCGGCGAAACUAUGUUUAACGGCUGUGACAAACCAUGCUUACUGCUCAGCCGGUGAAAUUCUUAGUGACCGCACGGUCGAGGCAUUGGAGGUGUUUAGAAAUUGCUUGACAGUCUCGAGACCCCGCGAGGUCACUGCAAAAUGGGACACGCUGUUUUUCAUUUUUACUGAUGCCUCCUUCUCUCCCAAUGAUGUUACCUGGCCCGGAGGUUUGGGUGGAGUUCUGGUUGAUUGCAAAGGAUCCUAUCUUUCUGCCUUCUCCUUGAAGCUCAAGCCUGAGCACUUGGCAUCCCUGGGAUACCCUGGGAAAAGCACGGUUAUCUUCGAAGCUGAAAUGCUUGCCCUGUUGGUUGCGUUGACACUGUGGAAGAAGCACAUCAGAAAUCGCCCUGUUGUGGGUUACAUCGAUAACAACUCAACCCGUGACGUUUGCAUAAGUGGGUCGGCUCGUACUUCACCAGGCAAAGAGCUGAUUUCUGCCAUUUUGCAUCUUGAAGACGAGUUGAGUCUUGUUGCUUGGUAUGCUAGAGUCCCUUCGUCUAGUAAUAUUGCAGAUGGCCCGUCCCGUGGAGCCUUGGAAGAUAUCCCUGCUAACUUUUCAGAUGACUUGCACAAGCUUGAAGAGGCACUGGACGUUGAGGACAAUGGUGCAGAUGCUCAGGGGAUUUCAGAAGCUUUCAGUCCUACGACUGUUGCAGAAGAUGGUGUGUUUGGACAGCAUUUUUUACAGCACAAUUCUGAGAGUGAUUUGAAUCGAACUCAGUUGGCCACCUCUUCAACUGCUUUUAGUUUUGAUGCUGCGUUGAAUGUAGCUUUCAACUCCACAGACGCUGAACUGCCAAAACAAAUUUGGGAAACUGGGGUUUGGAAACACAUCUUCGGAAACGAUGACACUGCUUUGGACUUUGAUGUUUGGGGACCGCAGUUGACUAGACCCACUCCGUCUUUGUGGGGCUUGGACAACCAGGCAUUGGAAACGGAAGCAGCAGGUUCGAGGAAGCGUGCACACGCUCAUGCAUGCAAUUUCAUGGACGUUGUUUCUUUCAAGCCAGACGUCCCAUGGCAAGAUCAGAGGGAGGCAGACCUACAGCGUAGCAUCAAACUGUGGAUUGCAGUUACAAGCAGAUGGAGUGAUGGAAACUCACUGGCACAGAAGCUUGGAGAGAUGCGCAACGAAGGAGAGGUGUUCACAAUGUUUGCACACGUGUUUUCAGGUCGAGCUCCAGUGACUGUGCGCAAGCGUGGUGCAGCAGUUCUCAAAGUAUGUGAUUACUUGGAGCAGAACGUCCUGGAGCCCUUUCCCAUGAGAGAAAUAACAUUUUACAGGUUCCUUUGCCACGAAGAGUCGUCAGGAGCUCCAGCAAGCAGAAUGAAGGGUUUCAUACAAGCCAUUGCCUUUUGCAGACAUGUGUUGGACAUGGCAGAGUUGCAAUGCAUUCUGGAUAGCAAGAGGUGCAGUGGUGUGGCAUUUGAAUCCUGUCCAAAGGAACGCAAGCAAGCGAGCCCACUGACAGUGCUUGAGCUCAACAAGUUGCACGAGGUGGUCGACACAAGUGAAGACUUGUGGGAUUCAGCCUUUGCUGGAGCGGCGCUUUUAUGCUGCUAUUGCAGGGGCAGGUGGGGCGACUUGAUGAGGAGUGAGUCGGCCUUCGUGGACUAUGACGCAGAGGGCAAGCCGGCUUACUUUGAAACAAGGACAGGUCGACAUAAGACCAUGAGCUCCCAGAUGCACAGGCAUCAGUUCCUGCCGAUGGUGGCGCCUGUCAAAGGCGUACAUGGGAAAGACUGGGUCACUCCUUGGUUGCAGAAAAGGAAAGAGCUGGGAGCAUCGUUCCCGCCAGAAGGGCUCGUCAUGCCCGCUCCAGAUCGAGAGGGUGGGGUUUCACAGAGGCCUCUGGAAUCUGGAGAAUGCGGCAAGUGGCUACGUCGCUUGUUGGGGCUUGAUGGACUUGCACCGGAAGACCCUGGACGGCGAGUGAGUAGUCACAGCCUCAAAUGCACCAUGCUUUCAUAUGCUGCCAAGAGAGGGCUUUCAGUUCCAGACAGGUUAAUGCUUGGUUACCAUGCUUCACAGAUGCACAUGGCAAUGGUUUACUCAAGGGAUGGGGCAGCUGCAAGUUUGUUGCUACUUGAGCGUUUGAUUGAUGAGAUUGCAAGAGGGAAAUUCAAACCCGACAGCACCAGAAGUGGACGAGUGAUUGACUCGCCUGAUGAUGAGCCUGGACCUCAGAAUUCAAACGUCAAGGUUGAGCUUGUAUGUUCGUCAGAAGAAGAACAGUGCGAUGACUUGCAUGAGUCCGACACAUCAGACAGCACGUCUGACUCAGGGUCUUCUUCAGGUGACAUUCCGGAGAACCAUGCCUUGAAUAAGGUGUUUGCUCCGCCCAAACCUCCAGAGGACUAUCAGUGUUGGCAGCAUUCAAAGUUGAAAACAAUUCACUUGACAGAUAUGCAUGUGAUGCGUCGGGACCAUAUGGCCUUAGCCGAUGACACUUGCACAGUCCAGUUUGGUUUCCUGCAUGUCCUUUUUCACCUGCAUGACAUUAGCAAUGCGGCCUUCACCCAGAGAUGCAAUGAGAUUGACGAGACAGGGCAGUUUGGAACAGCCCUUGCAGCUCAGAACAUAUCCACUUUCAGUGGCAUGGCUUUCUCACUGGGGACACCUCAAGCACCUCCCAGUGAUCAGCAGUUCAACACGUUGUCACAGGCAGUGUUUGGUGGAGGAGCGACGCUUGGACAAACAGCGAUGAUCCGUAGACUCCACUUCGAGUCAACCACCCUUAUGAUUGCUUCUGUCAAACAGAAAGUGGACAGUGAAGCGGCAGACAAAGCAGACAGCGUGAAGAGAAUUCCCAUUGCCGAAAAAAGGCAUCGGCUGGAGCAACAGGAGCGCAGACUGACAGGGAUCAAGAUUUGCGGCGAGCUGGAGCCAAGUCAUCAGUUGCUUGACUUGACAAACAACAUAUUGGAAACAGGUGCGCUGGUCUGGAUUGCACCAAGCAGGUGCACGAAGAGAGCCGAUGAGGUGCAACUUGCAAUCAAGGAGCGGCCAUCAGCAGUUCAGGUGGAGAACCAGCAGCUCCGAGUUUCCCAGGUGCCGGAAGAGUUCAGAGCAGACCAUGGCAGUGAGAUAAAAUUACAAUGGUGCUGGCAGAGACGUGGACUGGCCAUGGACCAGUGCAGACUGCUGUCAUGGCACGUGCAUGACGCUUGGGUGCACCAACUGUUCCGCACAUUGAGCCAGACUGCACCGCCAGGAUUCAGUCAGGUUAAAGUGGAGCAACUUGUGCGGGCCGAUCGCGAGCUUUGGACGCUGCUGGCACAGGAGACGAAAGGAAGUCUCAAACCCAAUGCAGCGGGUGACAUCCCUCUGGACGCCAUGGUGCAGAGGCUGUGUCAAGACCCAAGGAUCACAAUGUUCCUGCUUCCUACGACAGCAGGCGCGAAGGUCGUCGACAAGGAGGUGGCCACCAAGAAGCCGUUGACAGGGACUCCUGCACAGGCUGCGGCAAAGAGCACAAACAAACGCAGAAAAACCAGAGCGGAGAAAAGCUGCCCAGAUGAGUUACGAAAGUUCAACCUGAAGUGUGAACACGGUCCAGUUUGCUGGGCUUACAACUUGAAAUCGGGCUGCAAGAACCAGACCUCUGGCAAGCCAUCGAGGCCCAGCAAAAAGGGUGGUGCAAAAAGCGGGCACGUUCAAAACUGUGUCAAGCCUGCGCCACAGCCAUCAAUGGACACAAGCACCAGCUCCAAGAGCAUGGGGUCGCAUGAAUUCACAGAGCAGCAUGGAUCAAAGUUUCAGGGCAAGCUGGUCAAUGACAUUAUUUUUGUGGAGAUUUGUGCUGGCAGUGCAAGGCUAACUCGCGCUGCAAGGGACGCUGGUUUCAAAGGCAUUGCGGUUGAUCAUACAGACCGCAGAUCAUGCGGAAUCGAUAUCUGCAUUUUUGAACUGGAAGAUCAGAGCCAAGUAGACGACCUAUGUCAGUUUCUUGAAGCUGAGGCUGACAACAUAGCAGCAGUUUGGAUAGCUCCUUCAUGCGGCACUGCUAGCAAGGCGAGAGAAAGGCGCCUCCCACAGUUGAAAAAACUUGGCAUAGCCGUGCCGAUCCCUUUGAGAUCGCAUGAACAGCCAGACCAAAUUGACGGUCUGGCAAACACUGACAAGGUGAAGGUGGAGAAAGCAAACAUGCUUUACAGCGCGGUCGAGCAGAUCACCCGCACCACUUGCAAAGCAAAAAUUUUUACUGGCAUAGAAAAUCCAGCAAACAGUCACUAUUGGGGCACAACACCAAUGCAGAACAUCAUGGAGGAGUUUGGACGCAAGUUUGUGACCUUCCACAACUGCAGCCACGGAGGGUCACGAGACAAAUUGACUUCCAUUUGGGUCAAUGAUGACUGGUUGGAUGCGCUGGAAGCCCGUUGUGACAAUUCUCACAGUCACAAGUCUUGGAAAGUGACUGUAACAGAUACAUCAGUGCACUUCCCAACUUCGGAAGAAGCAGCUUAUCCGCAAGUUCUUUGCCAGCGCAUAGUUGAGUGCGUCAAACAAAAAGUUCUGCAACAAGGAGCGAUUCUGUCCACAACCCUUGCUGAGCAAAUACAACAACCCGAUGCGGAUGCAGCAGGCCGCAUUGCUCUGGGAUCACUGCCCAGAGGAACAAAAGUGCGACCGUUGGUGGCAGAAUUUGGUACCUUUGUUGCUGCCGUGGUGCCAACACAACAAACACAGGCGAUAGAUUCCUUUUUGGCUUCGCUCCCAAAGGGUUCCAAGAUCACUUCACGACAGUUGCGGAGAAGGGGCGAAAUUCGGGUCGUGAAAGAAGACUGCAAACUCCUUGCUGGGGUAGAAAACUUGCAAGAUGGCGACAUGGUCGAGCUUUGUUGGAUUGGUGUGCCCAGUUCACCAAGUCACUUUGUGGAAAGGGCGUAUGAAGCUGGGCACCCCCGAGGGCUUGACGUGCACGUCGAUGAGGCUAUGCUGGAAGUUGUCAAACUCAACUUGAUUGAUCCUCCUUUUGUCUUGGCAAAGAAAAGAGCUCAGUUCAUGAAACGAUGGACUGAAAGGGCGAAACAACUUUCAGCGGAGGAGGAACGACUGAGGGCACAGAUGCCCGAACAUGUGAGGCAAGUUGUUGGCCGCAAGAGGCUGGUUUUGAUGGGUGAAAUUUUGGAGGACUUGGGAUAUCCAGAUGACAAGCUGGUCAGCGACAUAGCAGCUGGUUUUCGUUUGAGCGGCUACAUGACUAAGUCCAAUGUCUUCAGGGCCAAGUCUAAAAGGCCACCUUUGUCAAUGGAAACCCUGAAGAAGUUGGGCAGGUCCUUCAACACCAAGAACUUUGCGUCUUUGGACAAGCGACAGGAGACGGAGUUGGAGGAAGCUACAUGGAGUGAAACUCAGACAGAGCUUGAAAAAGGGUGGAUAUUCCUCGACAAAGAGGGCGAGACAGACGGCAAGUUCGUGGGCAAGAGGUUCGGGAUCCGCCAGGGGUCCAAGAUUAGGGUCAUUGAUGACUGCACAUGCUGCGGCCUCAACUUGACUGUUGGGUUGCAUGAGAAGUUCAAGCUGCACUCUGUGGAUUUCCUAGCAGCCAUGCUAGGGUGUGCUUUGAAGUUUGGCGACGAUGGGGGGCGACCCCAGCUCCGAGGCAGGACGUACGAUCUACGUUCUGCGUACAAACAAUUCGCGGUUCAUCCCUCCGACCGACAGAUUUUGCGGAUGGGAGUAAAUGUGCCGGGCGCAAAACAAUGCGCCAUCAUAGGCUUCAACUCGUUGCCCUUCGGUGCAGUGGGCUCUGUGGCGGGCUUUUUGAGGGUCAGUCAAGCCCUUUGGUUCAUAGGCUAUUUUGGCCUCGGACUUCUUUGGAGUGCCUUUUACGACGAUUACACGUUGCUUUCAAGGAUGGAGCUUGAGAACAGCAGCAGCUGGGCAUGUGAGGCACUUUUCGACUUGCUUGGUUUAGAGUUUGCAAGAGAAGGACACAAAUGUGUCCCCUUCGCCUCAAAAUUCAAGGCUCUGGGGUUGGAAAUCGAUGUUGGAGAUUUUCAAGCCGGCCACAUACUCAUUGGCCACACUGACAGCCGCAGGGAGGAGUUGCACAACCAAUUGGAUACCUUUCUCAAGGCCAAUGCCAUGACCUCUAAGGAGGCGGAGCGAAUGCGGGGGAGGAUGAUUUUCUUCGAGGGGUACACCUUCGGGAGAGUUGCAAAUUCAGCAGUGAAGGCCAUAGGAAGGUAUUGCCAUAGUCAAGUACCAAUGCCUCAGUUUGAUGCAGCAAUGAGGAAGUCUUUGGAGUUUUUACAACAAAGAGUUUUGGCUGGCAAGCCGUUGAAGAUCCAACGAUCUCUGCAUCAGACCUGGCUUAUUUUUACAGACGGGGCUUGCGAUCCAGAAGCUCGCCAUGGGUCUGUUGGAGGGGUCAUUUACGAUCCUCAAGGCAACUGCAGAAGUUUCUUUGGUGAGAGCGUGCCACAAACGAUUAUGGACGCCUUGCUGGCGAACUCAAUGAACCCAAUCCAUGAGCUGGAAGUGAUGCCAAUAUUGCUGGCAGCUCACCUCUGGGGAAAAGCCUAUGAGGGGUCGCAAGUAGUUUACUACAUCGACAAUGAGUCAUCGAGAAUGGCGCACAUCAGGGGUCACGGAGAAACCUCGAGAGCUGCACAGAUGAUCGAAGCCUUUGUGGGCAUUGAGUCGUCCCUGCAGCAUCGUGUUUGGUUUGGGCGAGUUCCGAGCUACAGCAAUCCAGCGGACUCACCCAGUCGUUUGGACUUCAAAGAAGUCUUGCAGCUCGGUGCCACUCAAACCAGUAUAAACUGGGAUUGGAUGUCGGAGCACCUUGAGUUGUGA